CAGCCGGUGUGGCUGAGCUCUCCGCCUCCACCCGCGCGGCCGUACGCUCCCGAGCUCCCACUCGUCGCGGAGCCCCCGACCGAGCUCGUCGCGGGCGAUGGCUUCGGCGGUGGCGGCUUCGACCGCCACGCGGUUUCUCCCGCGGCGAACGGACCCGUGGUGGCCGCCGCGUCGUGCGCGCGCGGCGCUCCCGCCGCUCACGUGGCGGCCUCCAGCGGUCACGGUGGUCGCCGCGUCGUUCCGCCCUGGGGAAGCGGAAGGUGGGAGGCGCGGGAGGACGCGGAGGCGCCGCGCCAGGAGGGCGGAACAGGAGGAAGGCGUCUCGCUAAGCUCUGAAAAGGAGACGGUAAAUUCUACUCCACGUGCUCAAACCAACAAGGGUGUGGAGCCCGUACCGGUGUCCAGCACGAACAGGAAAGGUGCCAUUAGAAGGGUGACACUGGUGGUUCUCGCUGCGGUGGUUUUUGGAGUUAGCAUUGCCUUGAGGGAUGGGGCUGAGAAGGCAUCAGAGUAUUUUGCGGGGUAUUUGUUGGAACAGAGUUUGUCGGUGGACAAUCUCUUUGUUUUUGUUCUGGUCUUUAAGUAUUUCCAAGUGCCAAAGGAAUACCAGAAUCGAGUACUUUCUUAUGGUAUUGCUGGAGCUGUGGUCUUUCGGGCUGUGAUGAUCAUCCUAGGAACAGCUACCAUCCAGAAAUUUGAGGCGGUGAACUUGCUGUUGGCUUUGAUCCUGUUAUUCACUUCUUACAAGCUAUUUGCUAAAGAAGAAGAAGAAUCUGAUCUAUCCGACAACUUCAUUGUGAAAACAUGCCAAAAGUUCAUUCCAGUCACUGAUUAUUAUGAUGGUGAUCAGUUUUUCAUAAUUCAAGAUGGUUUGUGGAAAGCUACACCAUUGCUCUUGACUUUGGCAGUGAUUGAACUGAGUGAUAUUGCUUUUGCCAUUGACUCAAUACCAGCAGUUUUUGGUGUCACAAGGGAUCCACUUAUAAUACUAUCAUCAAAUAUUUUUGCUAUUGCUGGUUUGCGGUCGCUUUAUGUGCUCAUUUCUGAAAGCAUGGGUGAAUUGGAGUAUCUACAGCCUGCCAUUGGUAUCGUGUUGGGCUUUAUAGGGACAAAGAUGACCUUUGACUUUUUUGGUUAUCAUAUACCAACAGAAGCUUCGCUUGCUAUUGUAACUACCUGUCUUAGUGGAGGCGUCAUAUUAAGUCUUAGGAAAGCAUCAAAAGAGGAGGGGGACAAGUAGACCGAUGCAACAGCACAUGCAGUUUGGUGCAUUCACUGUUCAGUUUACAUGAACAGAGGUAGAAGGACUUGCAGGCACUUGCAAUCUGCAUAAGGGUUGCACUAGUGGUGCCUCCACCACUUAGCUGACUGACUGACUUGAAAGCAAUUUAGCUGAUGGCUGCGAUCUCAGUAUAGAAUCACAGAUAUGAUCAAUGCAAAUCAUGGCAAUGCCAUUGGUGCCUGAUCCUAAUCUGGACGUUCCACGAGCUUCGUUCUGAACCAAAAGGUUUUGGGGCCACGUUAUGGUGAGUGGCCCUAUUGAAGACUGCAGCAUGAAGAGCUAGGAUUCCCCUCCUUGUAAUGUCUGUUUCUUUUUAACCUAGCACACAGUAUAUUCUGAACAUGAUGGAUUAUGAGCCUUGGUUUUACAGUGUAUCUCAAACAAUGAUAUGCCGUAUGCUCAAGCUUUCUACAUUAUAACUGUAUGAAAUUUAAUCACUAUAUUUCA